AUGGCCAGUCAGGUGGCAAGUCCAUCUGCUUCAUUACACACCACGUCCUCAUCUACCACGCUGUCGACGCCGGCCCUCUCACCGGCCUCCCCGUCGCAGCUGAGUCCAGACGACUUAGAACUCCUGGCUAAGCUGGAGGAGCAGAAUAGAUUGUUAGAGACGGAUAGUAAGUCUCUAAGAUCUGUAGAUGGGUCAAGAAGAAACAGUGGCUCCUCCCUUGUAUCAAGUUCAUCAGCCUCUAGCAACCUCAGUCACCUUGAAGAGGAUUCUUGGAUUCUUUGGGGAAGAAUCGUUAAUGAAUGGGAAGAUGUGCGGAAGAAGAAGGAAAAGCAAGUUAAGGAGCUUGUUCGUAAAGGGAUACCCCAUCACUUUAGAGCAAUAGUUUGGCAGCUUUUAUGCAGUGCACAGAGCAUGCCAAUUAAGGACCAGUAUUCAGAACUCCUGAAAAUGACCUCACCUUGUGAAAAACUGAUCCGGCGGGACAUUGCUAGAACUUACCCUGAACACAACUUUUUUAAGGAAAAAGAUAGCCUUGGACAGGAGGUUUUGUUUAAUGUAAUGAAGGCGUAUUCCUUAGUGGAUCGUGAGGUUGGUUACUGCCAAGGAAGUGCUUUUAUAGUUGGAUUGUUGCUCAUGCAGAUGCCGGAAGAAGAAGCUUUCUGUGUAUUUGUUAAACUAAUGCAAGAUUACAGACUGCGUGAGCUUUUUAAACCAAGCAUGGCAGAACUGGGCCUUUGUAUGUACCAGUUUGAAUGCAUGAUACAGGAGCAUCUCCCAGAGCUCUUCGUACACUUUCAGUCUCAGAGUUUUCAUACCUCAAUGUACGCGUCGUCUUGGUUUCUGACCAUCUUCCUUACGACUUUCCCAUUACCAAUUGCAACGAGGAUUUUUGAUAUCUUUAUGUCUGAGGGUUUAGAAAUAGUGUUUCGGGUCGGCUUAGCGCUGCUUCAGAUGAAUCAGGCAGAGCUGAUGCAGCUCGACAUGGAAGGGAUGUUACAGCACUUUCAGAAGGUCAUUCCACAUCAGUUUGAUGCUGGUCCAGACAAGUUAAUUCAGGCAGCUUACCAAGUCAAAUACAACUCAAAGAAAAUGAAAAAGCUUGAGAAGGAAUACACUACAAUAAAAACUAAAGAAAUGGAAGAACAAGUUGAAAUUAAAAGGUUACGCACAGAAAAUAGACUUUUAAAACAGCGCAUUGAAACAUUAGAAAAAGAAAGUGCUUCCUUGGCAGAUAGAUUGAUACAGGGACAAGUGACAAGAGCCCAGGAGGCUGAGGAAAACUACCUCAUAAAGCGGGAGCUGGCCAGCAUCAGGCAGCAGAGCGAUGAGGCCAGUGCUAAACUGGAGCGGGCUGAGGGCACCAUCAGGAAGCUCCAGCGCCAGCAGCAGUGGCAUAAAUGCAGUUCCAACUACAAUGAAGAUUUUGUGCUACAGCUGGAGAAGGAAUUGGUCCAAGCCCGUCUGAGUGAAGCCGAGUCUCAGUGUGCACUGAAGGAAAUGCAGGAUAAAGUUCUCGAUAUAGAAAAGAGAAACAACUCUUUUCCUGAUGAAAACAACGUUGCUAGGCUUCAGGAAGAACUCAUUGCUGUGAAACUGAGAGAAGCAGAAGCUAUUAUGGGUUUGAAAGAACUUAGACAACAGGUCAGGGAUUUGGAGGAACACUGGCAGCGACACUUAGCUCGUACUACUGGGAGGUGGAAAGACCCUGCUAAGAAAAAUGCUGUGAAUGAGUUACAAGAUGAACUGAUGACCAUUCGACUUAGAGAAGCUGAAACACAGGCAGAAAUAAGAGAAAUAAAACAGAGGAUGAUGGAAAUGGAAACACAGAACCAGAUCAACAGUAAUCAUCUUCGAAGAGCAGAGCAAGAGGUAAACAACCUACAGGAGAAAGUGCAGUGUCUUUCUGCACAGAACAAAGGGCUGCUGACCCAGUUAAGUGAGGCAAAGCGCAAACAAGCAGAGAUUGAGUGCAAGAACAAGGAAGAAGUGAUGGCUGUGAGACUCCGCGAGGCAGACGGCAUCGCCGCUGUGGCCGAGCUGCAGCGGCACAUUGCUGAGCUCGAAAUCCAGAAAGAAGAAGGGAAGCUUCAAGGACAGCUUAACAAGGCUGAUUCUAACCAGUACAUUAGGGAACUGCAAGAUCAGAUAGCAGAGCUGAAUCAUGAGCUCAGGUGCCUAAAAGGCCAGAGGGGCUUCUCCAGCCAACCCCCUUUUGAUGGAAUCCACAUCGUCAACCAUUUAAUAGGAGAUGACGAAUCAUUCCAUUCCUCUGAUGAAGAGUUCAUAGAUAACUCCUUACAGGAAAGCGGCGUCGGCUUUCCUUUGCACAGAAAGUCUGGCCUGACGUCUCUGGACCCCACCGUGGCAAACGGCAGCGAAAGCGAUGCAGAAGACAGCGUGCCAGAGGCCAGAGAGGGCCACGGCGGUUCUCCGAAGGAGCGGCCCCCGAGGAGAGAGUCGUACUCCACCACUGUCUGACCGUCACUGUGACCUGGACUGUGGGCUUUUUUAAGGGAUCAGUUAUCAGAUGAUUAAGGGUUUUUGGAACAUAUCUGUUUCAUAUGUGUACAUAUAUACAUAUAUGUAUAUAUAUAUAUAUUUUACAAUCUUAUCUGCCUUUUUAUCUUUGCCAAAUCUUCACCACUGACUUACCAUUGCCAUGAAGUAGACUGGAAUAUGGUUAAUGGGAAAAAUAAGGUUCUAACAGUAUUACUGAAGAUUAAUGUUUCUUGUUUAGAAAAUGCAGUUGUAUCUAUAUGUGGGAACCGUUUUGAAGUUCAGAACUAUGGAAAGUUGAAUUUUUCAAACAAAACUGUUCUUGUGCAAUAUUUUAUGCUCAGUAAACAAGUUGUAUAUUUAUGUUUAUCAAUUUGUUUUCAGGGCAGCUGUCUACACACAUUUGACCAAGACAUACAUCUCAUUUACCUUGGGUUUUUUUGUGUUUGGGAAUUUUUUUUUCCAAUUAAAAUUACUGCUUUGUUGGUGGGCCACUGAAAAUUCCCAAACACAAAGCCUUCUUUUCAUAUGAUUUUGUAAACAAGUUCAUGGUUAUCUGUCUUGAGAAUUUCACAUUUUGUUGUAAUUUCAAAGUUUUAUGUGCAUAUGAUGCUUCCAUGUGUUGCCUACCGGUCAGAGUAGUAAGUUAACUACAAAUAUAUUGUUUUUUUGUGUAUAUUUAUAAACCUGCAUCACCCAACAUUGAACAUCAUUUUAUAUGGAGAAUGUAUGUGUUGCAAAAUGACUGCCUUCAGCAUUCUAACAGGACUUCUGUAAAUGAUAGGUUAAAAGAAAAUUGAAAAUAAAUCCGAACACUAAUAUUUUAAUAGCUUUAAUAUUUUGCUUAGCACUCAACACUAGCAGAUUCAUAACUUAACUGAUGGUUGUUCAAAAACACUAUUGGUGAAAUCUUUUACUUCAUGUGUAUGUAACUAAUAAAUUUUUCAUGAUUAGAGAGAUGAUAGCACGCAUUAUUUAGUGCUAAUAUUCUAUGUAAUACAAUUUAAGCAGUGGACUGAGGUCCAGGGUACACAACAAUUAUAUCUGCAAAUAAUCUGUGAACAUUAUCUUCAGAUUCUCUAGUUACUAAUCUAAAGAUAUAGCAAGCCAUAAGAAUCCUUUCCUACCAAUUCUGUUGUAUCAUCUAGACUUUUUUUUCCCUAGAAAACAAUACCUGUCAUUGAUAAAUUGGAGAAAACACUCAAACUACACUUACUCUGUGAAAAGAUGUGUUGACUGAAUGCUUUUCAUUCUCAUUUUAAUCAGCAGCCUUGGGGAAAAAAAACAGCCUUCAAGAAUAAGAGGAAGGUAGAAUUCAGUAAAUAUGGAGGUACAAUUUUGCACAGUAUGUUGCAUGGAGAAAAAAAAUUACAUGACAGAAUGGAAUAGAAGAGAUAAAAGUAGGUUUCUGUCUAAAACCAGGAGUUAUGCCUUAUUAAAGAUUUUCCCAGC